AAAUGUGGAAGUGCCACUGCAUCAAUUUUCGGUAAAAGGUCGACUGAACUCUGUCUUGUGUGCUGUGAUUCCGAUUUAUGCAACAGUGAUUGCGGAAACAGAACAAGACCAAUCACUAAAACAACAACUACCACUAUUCUCACAACAACAAUGAAAUAUUCGUUUCCGUUCGACUGCUGGGAAAUCCUACAUAAUGGAUAUAAUAUAACGGGCGUAUACCAGAUUUAUCCCUGGGGAUCCAGUGGAAAGUCCAUAGACGUACUCUGUAACAUGGAUAUUGACCCCAAGGAUGGACGGUAA